AUGGCAGCUCGAGCAUCCACCCGCAUCUCCAUCGCCUGGUCCGGCGCCGCCCCUGUCGAGGAUACCGAUACCCUCGUCCUCACUAUCGGCGGCUACUCGCUCGACUUGCGCGUGUUCAUCUCUGGCCCAGACAAGGAUAACAUAGACUGGGCGACAGUCGCGAAAGUCGCCGAGCUUCCCGAGUCGACGGCAGAGAAUCCGCAAUUGAGAUGGGACCACAUCAUCGACUCUCGUCCCCCUUCCUCCCUCCCCGACCAAGGAACGUUCCAAACCCUCCCCUCGGGGGAUGUAGAAGAAAGAGGGAUCAUGUUCAACCCCAAAACGGGACUCAACGAAGACUAUAUUGAGACUUGGCGGCGGUUUGCCCAGCCGGCUGCCGCCGGGUACUUUGUGCUUGAAAGGGAAGCGGACGGAGAAGAGGGGGUAUGGUUUCUAGGGAGGACAGGAGAUAGGGCACUGGGUCUUGGGAAAGUCGGAGACGAGUUCUGGGGCUGGAGAGAUGAGUUGAAGGACGGUGCCUGGACCCGGCUUUACACGUUUGGUCCUUCCGACAAGCUUCAACACCUCCUUCCUGCUCUUCCUAUUGAAAUUCCAGAGUCUUGGAAGAAAGGCGUACCAGUUACGCUAGGUGAAAGUGGAUGGAUAGUGCGCGAAGUUGGGAAAAUAUAG